AUGCUUCUAUCAUGGGGAUUAAAGUGAGAUGAACUUGGAUUUUUUUUUUCUUUACGAAAAAAAAAAAGGAUUUUAAUAAAAUCGAAAAAAAUAGAAACUUACGAUAUGUGUUCGCCGCAGACAGAUAUCAACCUUCAAGGUGAGUUUUUGCUAAAUUGAUUAUAUACCUAUUCUUAAAUAUGUAAGUGUGUAUUGACAGGUAUGAUAUAUAAGGCCAGGAUUAUUCCGUAAGCUACCCCCUAUUCCCAGUUCGCAAAAAAAAACAAAAACAAAAAAAAACAAGCGUGGUCAUUAUCAUGUCUCCCCCUUUUCCUUUUUGAUGAACCCGUCCGAUUUUAUACCGAGUCUCAAUUUGAGGGGGCCGGCAGCGAUUCCUAGGGGUUGGUUUGUACUGCGGGCGAUACUAACCUACCUACCUUCGACAACAGUGGAUAGCGUCCAUGUUCUACUUCGGGUACCUCUUCUGGGAGUGGCCGACGAACCGGCUCCUGCAGCGGCUCCCGCUGGCCAGAUACUCGGCCUUCAACGUGAUCAUGUGGGGGCUCGUGCUGUGCUGCAUGGCGGCGGCGAACAGCUUCGCCGGGGCCAUGACGGUGCGCUUCUUCCUCGGCGCCUUCGAGGCCGCCGUGAGCCCCGGCUUCGCGCUCUUCACCUCCCAGUGGUACACCAAGAUGGAGCAGGGCGCCCGCGUCGCCUGGUGGUUCGGCUUCAACGGCUGGGCCCAGAUCAUCGGCGGCGUGGUCGCGUACGGCAUCGCCGUGGGCACCGACGCCCGUCCUAUCCUGAUCAAGUCCUGGCAGUUGGUUUUUCUCGUCACCGGCUUUUUCACCGCGUUCAUGGGCGUCUUGUUCUUGUACUUCAUGCCGGACAGCCAGCUGAACGCCCGCUUCUUGACGCCGCGGGAGCGCGUUAUGGCCGUCGAACGCAUCCGUAUUAAUCAGCAGGGCGUGGGCAACAAGCACUUCAAGUGGUAUCAGUGCCAGGAAGCGCUUACGGAUCCUAUGGUCUGGGCGUUCGUGCUGAAUAGUGUCAUUUGCUCGAUUCCAAACGGUGGAAUGUCGAAUUAUUUCUCGCAGCUCAUCGUUUCGUUUGGGUUCUCGGAAAACGAAUCGCUGCUUUUGGGGGCACCUGGUGGUGCCGUCCAAGUCAUCACUCUCCUAGUCGCAGGGCAUUUUGGUGAUCGAUACAAAAACCGAAUUUUAUUCGGUGCUGCUGGUGUCUUGUUAUCAGUACUGGGCCUCUUUCUGAUCCUCCUCCUCCCGCUCAGCAACAGCGGUGGACGGCUUGCGGGCUACUACCUGUACCAGUCCUCCUCGACCGGGUUCGUAGCUCUGCUAGGACUGAUCUCGACGAACGUAGCGGGGUGGACGAAGAAAACGACCGUCGCGGCGAUGUAUCUGACCGCCUACUGCGUAGGCAACAUCAUCGGGCCUCAGGUAUUCCAGACGUACGACGCGCCGCAGUACCGCAACGCCAACAUCGUGAUCCUCGUGUGCAUGUUUGUGUCGUUUGCCAUCCUGAUCUUUAUCAACAUGUGGUGCAGGCGUCAGAACAAGAUUAAGGCCGCUAUCCGAGCUAGUCCCGGUUAUGCUAAGGUGGAUGGGCAGGAAUUUCUUGAUCUGACGGACAGGGAGAAUCCCGAGUUUAUAUAUAGUUUAUGAAAAAGCCGUCGUAUGAUAAAGGUGGCUUGCUUAUCAUAGGUACGCUAUAGCUAAUGUCAAUGUCAUUAGAAAUACACCAGUAGACAUUAACCACUAGAAAUUAACCAUCAAGACAUGCCACUUUCUGUUUAA